AUGCUGUCCUGGCAGCUGCACACGGGCGCCGAGAAGGCCGAGCUGCAGGAGCUCAACGCCCGGCUCCACGACUAUGUGCGCCGCGUGCGCGAGCUGGAGCGCGAGAACCUGCUCCUGGAGGAGGAGCUGCGCCGCCGGCACGGGGGGCUGUGGGGGGCCGAGGACCAGGCGGCCCGCUGGGCGGCGGCGGAGGCGGCGGCGGCGGAGGAGGCGCGCGGCCUGCGGCUGCAGCUGGACGAGCUGAGCUGGGCCACGGCGCUGGCCGAGGGCGAGCGCGACGCGCUGCGGCGGGAGCUGCGGGAGGUGCGGCUGCUGGCGGAGGAGGCGCGCGCCGCCCGCCGCCGCCUGGACGCCGAGCUCGGGGCGCGGCGGCGGGAGCUGCAGGAGGCGCUGGGGGCGCGCGCCGCCCUGGAGGCGCUGCUGGGCCGGCUGCAGGCCGAGCGCCGGGACCUGGACGCGGCCCGCGAGCGGGACCUGCGGGAGCUGCGCGCCGCGCUGGCGGCCAGCCUGACCGUGAGCUACAGCGCCCGCGCCCUGCUGCCCGCCGCGCCGCCGCCGCCGCUGCUGCGGGAGGUGCGCGACAGCUGCUCGCUGCUGGUGGCCGAGUCGUGGCGGGACGCGGUGCAGGUGUACGAGGAGCAGGUGCGCGCGCUGGAGGCCGCCCUGAGCUGCGGCGAGGAGAGCCGGCGCCAGGCCGAGGAGGAGAGCCGGCUGUGCGCUCGGGAGGCCGAGGCCCUGCAGCGCCAGGCCCUGGAGCUGGAGCAGCUGCGCGCGCUGCUGGAAGAAGAGCUGAUGCGGAUGCGGGAGGCCUACGAGCUGCAGGCCCUGGAGCGGCAGAGUGCCAUUGCCCGCCUGGAGGAUGAGAAGGCUGCCCUCACCUUGGCCAUGGCCGACCGUCUGCGGGACCAUCAGGAGCUGGUGCAGGUGAAGACCAGCCUCAGCCUGGAGGUGGCAACCUAUCGAGCCUUGUUGGAAGGAGAAAGUAAUCCAGAAAUACAGAUCCUGGCAGAGCGCCUGGAACACCUGCCCCGAGAGCUCAGAACCACGGCCUACGGUUAUACCAACGCCGGUUAUACCAACGCAGCGUUCCGGAGGGAAAUGAGGGAAAACGAGCGGAAUCUGUUCCUGAGGCACAAGCCGCCACCUCGGGGGAAUGUCCGCCGCAGCUGGGCAUGGCCGGCCCCGCCUGCACCCAGGAGGCCCUUCCCGGGCCCGGGAUCUCCUGCCCCGACCCCCGCCUGGCGUGAGACCGCCUACGAGAAAACCACCACCAGCAGCCAGGCCAGUUCCAGGACUUUCUCUCCGGCGUACAGGGGGCUCGGGAGGAAAGCUGAGGUCCCGGUGAAGCCGAGAACCGAAGGCACCAAGGCGCGUCUAGCCAGAGAGCCCAGCCCCGCCCGGGAGCCCUACCGAGUCCUUGGGGACCGAAGGGCGGCGGGCGCUUCCGAAGGCACCGAGGAGAGGAUCGUCAUUUUGGGGAAGAAGGUGACGACGACAACGGGAGCUCGGGCCGCGAGCGAGCCGGAGAGAGGCCGCCCGGGGACGGCGGUCCACGGGAGGCGGGACGAGAAGAUGUUCGACUCGAAGGAGAAGGCGUCCGAGGAGCGGAACCUGCGGUGGGAGGAGCUGACCAAGCUGGACAAGGAGGCGAGGGAGCGAGAGAGCGAGCUGCGGAGGGACAGGGCGAAGGGGAAGGAGCCCGCCGCCCGGGAGACGGGCGUGCGGGUGCGAGAGGUCCCCAUCCGCCUGGAAGGGUCCCGGGCCGGCCAGGCCGAGGAAGGGACCCCCAAAGGGGCCCGGACACCCCUGCCGAAGGAUGCAGGCGGCGGCCUGGGGGGAGGGAUGGACACGAGGAGAGAGACGAGGUUCGGGUUGGACGCCGGGGGCUCGCCCGGGGGCCAGGCCGCCACGACCGAGACCAUCGCCGAGAGCAUCGUGUCAAGCGUGCUGAAGCGGUUCACCCAGUCCCCCGAGGCCGAGGCCCAGGCCCCGCCGCCGGCGGACACGAAGGUCACGUACGUGGGCAGGACGGAGCUCCCCGGGGAGCGGAGAGCCAAGACGGAGAUCGUGGUGGAGUCGAGACGGACCGAGGAGGUGGACGUGCGGGAGGGGGCCGGCCUGGACGCCCUCCUGAGCCCCGGCGGGCCGGCCGGCGGCCUGGAGCUGAAGGGCAAGGCCCGGGAGCGGGCGAUCGGAGACCUCCUGAGCCUCGGGCUGCAGGGCCGGGAGGGCCGGGCCAAGGUGGUGAACGUGGAGAUCGUGGAGGAGCCCGUGAGCUACGCGGCGGGCGCGAGGACGGAGGAGUUUUCCACCCCCUUCCGUGUGGAGGAGGCGGACGAUGCGUCCCCCCCGGGGUGCAGGGCGGAGGAGGAGGAGGAGGAGGAGGAGGAGGACCUGUAUGGGGUCACGGAGGUCGCCUUCUCCGCCGAUCGCCGAUCGCGUGAGACAUCCAGGAAAUCAGAGCGGGUGUCCCGGGUGGAGGAGGUGACGGAGGCGGGCGACUCGGAGGAGGAGGAGGAGCAGCAGAGCUAUUUCGUGUCCACCCCGGAGGAAGGUCCCGAGGAACGCGGCGGCUUUGGGCGGGACGGGGCCGCCAGGGCCGCGGGGGGCUCGGCGUACGGGCAGAUCCACAUCGAAGAGGAGUCCACCAUCCGGUACUCCUGGCAGGACGAGAUCGUGCCGGCGUCCGGGAGGAGGCGGCUCGCGGGGCCCCCGUGGGGCGGGGAGACCACGGCGGCGGCGGCGGCGGCGGCGGCGGCGGAUGCUCCGGAAUCUCCCCCGGAGCCCGAGGUCGGCUCCCCGCACUGGAUCGAGGAGACGACCCGCGGCGAGGUCCGCGCGGAGGCCACGGUCACCGACAAGGAGAUCAAGAUCCCGCGCCGGUUCCACUCGUCCAUCAGCCGCGACUUCAAGGAGCCCCGGCACCAGCUGGCGGAGGCGAUGGGGCAGCUGGAGGAGAGCCUGCCCGAGCGGGUGAGGGAGGAGCUGUCGGCCCUCGCCAGCCAGGACCGGGCCGGCCUGGGCCACCUCUCCGUGGACGUGAAGAAGGUCCAGCCCUCGGGCGGCGGCGCCAUGACCCUGGUGGCCGAGGUCAACCUGUCCCAGACGGUGGACACCGACCAGCUGGACCUGGAGGAGCUGAGCAAAGACGAGGCGGGCGAGAUCGAGCAGGCCGUGGAGGCCGUGGUGCGGGACAGCCUGGCCAAGCGGCGCAGCCCGGGGCCCGGGAGCCCCGACGGGGACGCGGGAGGGCCGGCGCCGGCCACCGGCUACGGCUUCAAGCGCUGGGCCACCCAGGAGCUGUACCGGGCCUCCGCCGGGGAGGAGGGGGAGGAGGAGGACGCCGGCUGGGCGUCCCACAGCUCAGAGACCGUCACCGCCACACAGGGCCCCGUGUCGGCCACCGUGGAGGUCACCAGCCCGCGGGGCUUUGCCCGAUCGCACCUGCUGGAGGAGGUCAGCUCGUCCGUCAGGCACGUGAAAAUAGGCCCCUCUGGGGUCUGGAGGACCGAGCAGGCCCCCCCCGAGGGACCGCCUGCAGGACAGAUGGACGUGAGUCCCCCGGAGGGGACCCCCCGCUGGGCCCGAGAGACCACGGUCCUGUUCGCCACGGGCACGGAAGGGGAUGCUCACAGCGCUACGUGGAGAGAGGCCGGCCGGGAGCAGGACCAGGCGGCCGGCGUGGCCGCCUCCCAGGAGCAGGCUGGGUUCGACCGGGCGGUGCAGCUGCAGAGGAUGGUGGACCAGCGGUCGGUGAUCUCGGACGAGAAGAAAGUGGCCGUUCUCUACCUGGACCACCAGGGGGACGAGGACGAUGGACACUGGUUCUGA